GCUUAAGGUUGUUUCCGUAUUCUCUCUCUCGCGCACCAACGAAAAAAGAAAAAAAACCCACCAACAAGAAAGAGGUGUUUUCGAAAAGAAAUUUCCAGAACCUCUUCUGGCCCCUAAUCUUCCCUCUCUCUCUCUCUCUCUCUUUCGUUUGUAAAAGGUGCAGAUCAAUUUUAUUUUAUAUAAAAUAAAUCAGUGUAAUUUCUGGUGAAGAUGAGCGUUGUUGGGUUUGAUUUUGGCAAUGAAAGCUGCAUUGUUGCUGUCGCAAGGCAGAGAGGGAUUGAUGUUGUGCUUAAUGAUGAAUCAAAGCGCGAAACUCCGGCUAUUGUAUGCUUUGGGGAGAAGCAGAGAUUCAUUGGUACUGCAGGGGCAGCAUCUUCUACAAUGAACCCUAAAAAUUCAAUUUCUCAGAUAAAGCGGUUGAUUGGCCGUCAGUUCUCAGAUCCUGAGUUGCAAAGGGAUCUCAAGUCGUUACCCUUCAAUGUCACUGAGGGACCUGAUGGAUAUCCUUUGAUUCAUGCUCGUUAUUUAGGUGAAAUGAAAACCUUUACCCCAACACAAGUCUUGGGAAUGGUUUUGUCAGAUUUGAAAAGCAUAGCUGAGAAGAAUCUGAAUGCAGCAGUGGUCGAUUGCUGCAUUGGGAUUCCUGUAUAUUUCACUGAUCUUCAAAGAAGGGCAGUUUUAGAUGCUGCCACAAUUGCAGGCUUGCACCCUCUUCGCUUGAUUCAUGAAACUACAGCAACAGCAUUGGCUUAUGGUAUCUAUAAAACUGAUUUACCCGAUAAUGACCAAUUAAAUGUUGCCUUUGUUGAUAUUGGACAUGCUAGCAUGCAAGUUUGUAUUGCUGGCUUCAAGAAGGGACAACUCAAGAUAUUGGCUCAUUCGUUUGACCGCUCUUUGGGCGGUAGAGAUUUUGAUGAAGUUUUAUUUCAGCAUUUUGCUGCAAAAUUUAAAGAGGAUUAUAAGAUUGAUGUUUUCCAGAACGCAAGGGCUUGUAUAAGGCUUCGGGCUGCUUGUGAGAAGUUAAAGAAGGUUCUUAGUGCCAAUCCUGAGGCACCUUUGAAUAUUGAGUGCUUAAUGGAUGAGAAGGAUGUUAGGGGUUUCAUUAAGAGAGAGGAGUUUGAGCAGAUCAGUGCUCCAAUUUUGCAACGUGUGAAGAGGCCACUAGAGAAGGCUCUUGCCGAUGCUGGACUUGCAGUUGAGAAUGUUCACAUGGUUGAGGUUGUUGGUUCAGCUUCACGUGUUCCGGCUAUGUUGAAAAUCCUCACGGAGUUCUUGGGUAAAGAGCCUAGGCGCACAAUGAAUGCUAGUGAAUGUGUUGCAAGGGGUUGUGCUUUGCAAUGUGCAAUUCUCAGUCCCACAUUCAAAGUUCGGGAGUUUCAGGUCAAUGAGAGCUUCCCGUUACCAAUUUCCCUAUCAUGGAAAGGAUCUGCUUCAGAUGCUCAGAGUGAAGGAGCAGAACAACAACAACUGGUUUUUCCAAAGGGAAAUCCAAUACCCAGUGUCAAGGCUGUGACAUUCCACAAGACAAGUACAUUCAGUGUUGAUGUUCAAUAUUCUGAUAUCAGCGAGUUGCAGGUCCCUGCAAAGAUUAGUGCUUACACGAUUGGUCCUUUUCCAACACUACGAAGUGAACGACCAAAGUUGAAGGUCAAAGUUCGUCUGAAUUUGCAUGGGAUUGUGUCCAUUGAUUCGGCAACUCUCUUGGAAGAGGAAGAAGUUGAAGUCCCAGUUUCAAAAGAGCCAGUAAAAGAAGAUACUAAGAUGGAGACUGAUGAAAUACCUGGCGAUGCUACUGCCUCUGGUGCCAAUGAGACAGAUGUUAAUAUGCAAGAUGCCAAGGGUACAGCUGACGCUGCAGGGGUUGAAAAUGGUGUUCCUGAGUCAGGGGACAAGCCUGUGCAAAUGGAGACUGAUACCAAAGUUGAGGCUCCUAAGAAGAAGGUGAAGAAAACAAAUGUCCCUGUGGCAGAGUUGGUUUACGGUGCAAUGUUACCUGCAGAUGUUCAAAAAGCUGUAGAGAAGGAGUUUGAAAUGGCUUUGCAAGAUAGGAUUAUGGAAGAAACAAAGGAUAAAAAGAAUGCUGUUGAAGCCUAUGUCUAUGACAUGAGGAAUAAGCUUAGUGAUAAAUACCAUGAUUUUGUCACUGCUCCGGAGAAGGAAGAGUUUACUGCUAAGCUUCAGGAAACAGAGGAUUGGCUGUAUGAAGAUGGCGAGGAUGAAACAAAGGGUGUCUAUGUUUCCAAGCUUGAAGAGCUUAAGAAGCAAGGGGAUCCUAUUGAAGAACGUUAUAAAGAGUAUGCUGAGAGAGGAGCUGUCAUUGAUCAGUUGGCUUACUGUAUUAACAGUUACAGGGAGGCAGCCAUGUCAAAUGAUCCCAAAUUUGAUCACAUUGAACUUGCUGAAAAGCAAAAAGUCUUAAAUGAGUGUGUGGAAGCUGAGGCAUGGUUGAGAGAGAAGAAACAGCAACAGGAUCAACUUCCCAAGUAUGCCACUCCAGUUCUCUUGUCAGCUGAUGUGAGAAAGAAGGCUGAAGCGUUAGACAGGUUUUGCAGGCCAAUAAUGACGAAACCUAAACCGGCUAAACCAGCCACACCUGAAACACCAGCAACCCCACCUCCUCAAGGAAGUGAGGCUCACCCGCAGGGUGCAGAUGCCAAUGCCAACCCGAAUGCAAGCCCUAACCGCAAUGCAGACUCUAGUGAAAAUGCGCCGGCAGACAGUGGUGAGGCACCUCCAGCUUCUACAGAACCAAUGGAAACGGACAAAUCGGAGAGUACUUCGGCUACUUCAUAAAUUAUUCGCGGGUGGUCUGUUGAUGAUUUAUGUGGCCAAAAUUUCGUUCUUUAUGUGUAAGCACUAUUUUUGAAAGAGCCUGAGACCAACUCUUUGGUAGUCUGAUAUGAGGGGCUGGGGUCACUGUUUUCAAUUUGUAAAGCAUUGUCUUUGUUAUGCCUACCCAGAUUUGUUAUUGUUAAGAGUGAGUCUUUAGAAUCCAGGUAUUUUUCACGGAGGGUUUUUAAGAGAAAAGACUGCUAUUGUGCUUCCUUGUCAACAUUUUUCUGUUGGAGGGUGGCUAAAAUUUACUCUUUAAAGGAUUUCAAGUGUUAAAUCUUGUUUUAUGUUUUGUAGGAUUUGUCUGGGGAUUAGUAACCACUUCAAUUCUGGGUAUUGUUGGUGUCCACAAAUCUUGGAUUUUGUUUCAAUUGAAGUCUUACAUUAUUUUUCCA